AUGGCUCAACCUCCGCUGGUGGAAGUACAAGAUGCAACAAAUGAGCAAAUCCAAGAUGCCAUAAACCUGGCCAGAAUGAACCCAGAGCUGAACUUCCCCGAUGCCCUGGCUGCUACCGUGGCCAAGAAGAGAGCCAGAAGAAGAAGACCAAAGAGCAAGCGGGGAAAUGACAAGCCUACUGGAUUUGAAGAAUACUUCGCCGACGGUCCCCUCACCCCGAGUGAGCACGCUGAGAUGCUCGAGGUCUUUAAUCCGUAUGCUCUAAGACGGUUCCAAUUCAGACGUCGUAUCGAGCCAGCCAGACUGAACAUGUUCUCGAAAUACCUUAAGUAUGGCGGAGUCGAUAUCGAAAGCAUUAUCGCAAGUGAGGCAAAUUAUCAGGAAAUGGAGAGCAUGACCGCAGACCAAAUCAUGCAGGCUCGUGCUAUGGCUGAGAUUCGGAAAGUGCGCGCGACGCUGGAUGUGGAUUUCGAUUUAGUUCUUCGAGGCUUCAUGCAAGCAGUUCCGUUCCUCGAUACGCGACCCAAACUAAUGCGGUAUAGGAGCUCGUACUUCAUCAGUUGCUUUAAGCUGGAGACGGAAAAGGUGAUCAAGAUGGCAACUGAAACCAUCAAAAACUUCUACACCUACCUGCUCCAGCGCGACGUAUGUCUCGAAUACACUGACAAUCUACUUCAAGCCCGCAAGACAUGCGACCUGGCAGCAAAGGAGCUUUGGAUGAAUGUUCAGCUGGUGCGUGAAGCUCCCGGGCAAUUCAAUGAGGCCUGCUCCAUGCUGUUCGGUGGAGCUUUUUCCCAAUCCAAUACACCUUCACUGGGAAGUGAGCUAGAAAAAUGUCACAAGGCAAAGAUGGAACGUGCCCGCGAUGUCGUCAGAUGUGCCAUUGCAGGGGUUGGCAAUUUUGAACAAGCAAGCAGUUUCAAAGAGCUCGGGAACAAACAUAGGCUUGCAGCCGAGAAAGUCCUCGACAUUGAUGGCUUUGAGAUACUGGCAGUCAUACAGCCGGAUUCUAGAGUCCUGGAGUUCUAUGAGAAAUACGCAUCUCAGCACGAUGCCUUGGGCCGAGUCAAAGCCGUCUCCUUCCGUGACCCAGCCAAGCCUGAUCUCGACAUGAGCCCGGAGGAGCGUUGGGAUUGGAACCAUGGUAAGGUUCCUACGUACGAGUUCGAGUUCUUUGUUGACAAGGCUCUACUCCCACUGAUGUAUGCGGGGUUGAAACUCAACUGCGGAGUCUAUUACUUCGACGAAAUUUUGUCGACCUAUCCUAAUUUUUACACGGUUAUUGCCAAUGGUAUGAUGAUGAAGUGGAAGUGGCCAAGGGAUUUGGGUGGUGAUGACGAGAAGACGAGCAAAGAGCCUGGAAAUGCGGUUCACUGGACUUUUGAUGCUGAGACUUCCAAGGAGACUGGUCAGAAGAAUGGCAAAUUGGGUGGAGAUGGAGCUUAG